AUGCUGUGGGAGUGGUGGCUGGUGAGGCUGAAAGGGGAAGAGCGAAAGGUCGCUGUUUCUGGCUUCACUGAAAAGAAUGAGCUAUUCACUUCUGCAUCCAUAGCACAGCGUUAUGAGUCUCUCACGCUCCAAGAUGAAGAUGGGGUUGUGCUUUCUAAAGAUCUGUUUUCCCAGAUGCGUGCUGCUGUGAGGCAUGUCGCAUCACUUUUCCCGACUGCAAUCAUUAGCGGAAGAUCGCGUGACAAGGUAUUUGACUUUGUGAAACUAACUGAACUAUACUAUGCUGGAAGUAAUGGAAUGGACAUCAUGGGGCCUAUUAGGAAGUCUGAGUCCAAUGGCCAGCAUGUGCAAUGUGUUAGGUCCACUGAUUCAAAGGGUAAAGAGGUCAAUCUCUUCCAACCUGCAAGUGAGUUUUUACCUAUGAUAGCUGUGGUGUUCGAAAAUCUUAGCGAGAGUAUAAAGGACAUCGAUGGCGCAAGGAUGGAAGAUAACAAGUUCUGCGUGUCUAUGCUUUACCGAAACGUUGCACCACAUGACUACGAAACAGUUCAUCAGCGUGUAACUGCUGUUCUGAAGGACUACCCUUGUCUUAGGCUUACCCAUGGGAGGAAGGUUCUUGAAGUUCGCCCUGUCAUUGACUGGAACAAGGGGAAAGCUGUGGAAUUUUUGCUUGAAUCACUUGGACUAAGCGAGAGUGACGAUGUUCUUCCCAUAUAUGUUGUAGAUGACAAGACUGACGAAGAUGCAUUCAAUGUUCUGAAGGCAAACAACCAUGGCUUUGGAAUUCUGGUUUCAUGUGUGCCCAAGGACAAUUGA